UCUAACAUACAUAUAUCCAUAUUUACAUUUACACGAUUUGUAUAUAAUAAAGAACCUUACAAAGAAAUUUGCUACAUUUGCGAAAUAUCAGCUUUAUAUGUUGGUGACAACAAAACCAGUAUAAUGGGCAGCAUUGAAAAAGCGUGCAUUUCGGGAUUUCUAUGCCGCCUGUGCUCUGAAAUGCACAGGACCGUGAUUCAUAUUUAUGGAGAUCAUGGGCAGCGCCUAUGCCUUGUGGAAAAAAUUAACGGCUAUUUACCAAUAACGAUAUCCCCAACAGAUCCUCUGCCAAAAACCAUAUGUAGAACAUGUUUAUAUCGUGUUGAGCAGCAUUACUCCCUUUUAAUGAGACUUACGCGGAUGAGGGAGGAACGCCGACUAAAAAUACAAAAAGAUGCGGAUACUUGCUCGAUAUCCAGUGCUGAAUAUUCUGAUGAAGAGGAGCCAGUAUCAACAAAAAGUCAUGCCGAAAAGAAGGACAUAAAGAGUACAACUAAAAGGUCGACAAGUGAACCUGCGAGCUCGAAUAAGUCGCAAGCCUCAAUUCAAACUAACCAAAACAGUGUUGAGUCCAACGUCGCUGGCUCAAGUAAUCGUCUGGUCUCACAAGCUGUAACUGGUACUGCUUCCAGAAAUAGUGCCACACGACGCACGUCAGUAGAACUUUCCCCUAUGACGUAAAUAGAAUAAAUGAUUUAAGGAGUAUGUUUUCUCUAUUAAAUUAACAUGUGUAUUGUACGUAUUUUAAUAAUAAUAAUGUAUUUGUGUAAUA